AUGAAACUGCCCGGAGUUCACCGUGGUGGCCCGACCGUCAAGCAAGAAGGCGACAAGAAGGUGGACCGCUUCGACCGCUCGUCGCCGCCGUUGCUUGCGAUGACCUCCGCCGGCGGCCGCUCGCCCGACGACGCCUGCCUGAUCUCGCGCCUCUGGCUCGGCUGGUGCGCGGCCAUCGCGUACAGAGGCUGGUCCAAGCCGCUGCACGAGGAGGACCUGCCCUCCGCGCCAAGCGGAGUGCGGUCGGAUCCGCUUCACCGCGUCGCGGUCGAGCUGUGGGAGGCGGAGCUGGCGCGUGCCGAGCCGGGCAAGGCGCAGGUCCUCUCGGGCGUGCUGUACCCACUCGCGCGCCGCAGCUUCUACCAGGGCGGUGCGCUGCUGGUCGUCUCCGGCCUCUGCAACUCGGUGGCGCGGCCGCUGCUCCUUAAAAGCGCCGUCGAGUCCAUCUCGCCCGACGAGCCGCUCUGGCGCGGCUUCGCCUUUGCCGGCGGCCUCGGUGCCUGCCUGCUGCUCGAGCAGUGGAGCAAGACGCAGGGCCUGCACAUCGCGGGCGACGAGGCGAUCCUGCGCGCGUCGUCGGCCGCGAUGCAGCUGGUGACCCUCAAGGCGGGCCGGCUCCGCACCGGCGUCGGCUCGGACGGCGCCGAGCAGACGCUGCUCGGCAAGGACCUCGUGGGGGCCGCCGACAUGGCCCGCUUCCUGCCGCUCAUGUGGCUCUGCCUCUCCUCCCUCGUCGGCGGCCUCACCGUCGUCUUCGUCCUCUCGGGCCUCGCCGGCGGGCUCGGCGUCCUCGUCAUGGCGGGCACCUUCUUCGCGUCGGAGGAGACGGCGGGCGCGACGAGGGAGCUGCUCGAUGGCGCAAAGGUGGUCAAGUUCAUGGGCUGGGAGGAGACGUACCUCGCCCACAUCUGCCGCCGCCGCGCGACCGAGCUGACGCACCUCCGCACAUACCGCAUCGCGAUCAACGUCGUCGUGCAGAUCGGGCGCGCCUCGCCCAUCAUCUCCAUCCUCUGCACCGUCCUCGUCCUCGUGCUCACUUCGCCCGACCGCUUCCGCGCCGAUGUCGUGCUGCCAAUCAUCUCCCUCUUCCAGAUCAACAUGCUCAGCCUGCCGGAGCGGUCCGGCCGCCGGACGGUCGGCGGCGCCGGCGACGUCGAGGCCAAGCCGGUCGACGCCGUGAGCGACGUGUCGCUCUCGGUGCGUGCGGGCGAGCUGGUCGCGCUGGUCGGGCCCGUCUCUGCGGGCAAGACGUCGCUGCUGGCGGCCCUGUGGGGGGAGGCGUUCGUCCGCAGCGGCAAGCACGCCGUUGCGCAGGCCGCCAUCGUGCCGCAACGCCCCUUCACCAUCGCCGGCACGAUCCUCGACAACAUCCUGCUCGGGAGGCCGCUCGAGCCGGACCUGCUCGCGCAGAUCCUCGAGGGGUGCGCCCUGCUCGACGACCUGGCGGCGCUGCCGCUGCGUGAGCACACCGAGGUGGGCGAGCGAGGCGUGACUCUCUCGGGCGGGCAGCAGCAGCGGAUCGCCAUGGCGCGCGCCCUCUACGGCCGCCCCUCCGUCCUCCUCCUCGACGACCCGCUCUCCGCCGUCGACGCGCGCACAGCGUGCGUGCUCCUCGACGCCAUCGUCCGCUACGUCAAGCGCGGCUGGCUGGCGGAGCCCGAGGCCGGGCCGGUCGCGCGCGCCGCGCUCGUGUCGGCAUCACAAGGCGGCCACCUGCACGCCUUCGACUCGCUCCUGCUCAUCGAGGGCGGCGCGGUGACUGCGCACGGCCCGCGCGAGGCGCUGCUCGCCUCGGGGUCGGAGCUCGCGGAUCGGCUCCUCGGCGCCGCCGCCGCCGCAUCGCUGGACGACCUUCCCGAGGCGAGCCGCUCGCCGGCCGAGGCGGCGGCAGCUCUCGCCAAGGCGGCCGAGGGCGCGUCUGCGGCCGGCGCGAAGGCUUCUGCGACGCCGCCGGGCGGCGUCUCGCGGCUCACCACGGCCGAGAGACGGCAGACGGGUUCCUUCUCCUCUGGCAUCUACACCACCUAUCUCCGCGCGCUCGGGACCGCGUCCGUCUGGUCCUACUUUGCGCUGCUCGUGCUCACCUACAGCACCUUCCUGCUCGCCGACUUGUGGCUCGUGCGGUGGUGGAUCGGCGACGCGGGGCCGGCUGCCGGGUUACCGACAGCGAGCCGGGCGGGCGUCUACUCAGGCUUGUGCCUCGGCUUCAUCGCGCUGAUCAUCGGCUCGUCCAUCUUCUUCACCGUCAUUUCGGUGCGCGCCUCGGCGGCGAUGCACCGCAGCACGCUCCGCCGCGUCAUCUACGCGCCGCUCGGCUGGUACGACAGCACGCCCUCUGGACGCGUCCUCUCGCGCUUCACCUCGGACCUGAACACGGUCGACAUCAAGCUGAGCAUGGACGUGGACAACCUGAUGCAUAUGUUCUUCCAGGCGGCCACGAUGGUCGGGCUGAUUGCCUCCACGACUUGGGUCCUCGCUGUCGUCGCCGCCGGCGUCUUCGCCGUCUUUUGCUUCGCCACUCUGGUCGCAGACCGCUCGAUACGCGAGGUGCGCCGCAUCGCCAACAACGCUGUCUCGCCAAUCAUGUCCAACAUCGCCGAAAUCAAGGUCGGGACGCCGCUCGUGCGGGCGAUGCGCCUCGGCUCCUUCUUCGCCGCCCGCCAGUCUGCGGCGAUUGGCGCGUGGGCUCGCUUCUCCUACCUCUCACGGGCGAUGCAGUCCUGGUCCGCGCACGUGGGUGGCUCCCUCGCCUUUGUCUUUGGCGUCGCCACAUUCUUCUUCAUCAUCGGGAAUCGCGCCUCGUUUGGGGUAGCGGAGGGCGGCCUCGCGCUCACGUACGCAGUCGUCGCACCCUACUUCAUCAACAUCAUCUCCGAGAUGUUUGUCCAGCUGCGCACGUCCAUGGCGGCGCUCGAGCGGCUUCUGGAGUACCUGGAGCUGCCGCAGGAGCCGCCGCACGAAUUGCCGUCCGACCCGCCGCAGGCCGACUUUCCAAAAGCGGGCGAGGUGGUCUUUCAGAGCCUCUGCAUGCGGUACCGGCCCGGGCUGCCGCUUGCGCUGGCGGACUUCUCGGCCACCAUCGCCCCCCGGCAGAAGGCCGGGGUGGUCGGCCGAACGGGCACGCCACCUACUGGCCUGAUCGCUAGCACCGCACCGAUGGAUCCGGUGCUACACCAGGGCACCGUCGCGCACAACCUCUGCCCCUUUGGAACAAAGAGUGACGAGGAGCUGGCGUCGGCGUUGGUGCGCGCUCGGCUCCCCGCCGACCUCCUCGGCACGCACGUCUCCAAGAAUGGCUCGAACCUCUCCUCGGGCGAGCGGCAGCUCCUCUGCUUUGCGCGCGCGAUGCUCGAGGAGACGUCGAUCCUCGUGCUCGACGAGGCCACGAGCAACCUCGACGAGAACUCUGACGCGGCGAUGCAGGCGCUGCUCCGUGAGGAGUAUGCGGCGAAGACGGUGAUCACCAUCGCGCACCGCCUCCUGACCGUCGCCGACUACGACACCCUCCUCGUGCUUGGCGGCGGUCGCCUGCUCGAGCAGGGGUCGCCCGCAACGCUGCUCACCGACCCAGCAUCGGUGCUCAGCAGCAUGGCUGCCGCUCUCGGUGAUGAGGGGAGGGCCGCGUUGCUGGACAAGGCACGGCAAGCGAAGGGCCGCCCGUCCAGGCACACUCCUGCUCAUGAGGAUGAGCAAUCCGUUCGCGUCCCUGGUGUCUCACCCCAAGCCGACUCGGUGGUUCAUACCCGUUUGUAA